AUUUUGAGAUCCUCUCUGGCUCUCUCUAUCCUACUAUAAUGAAUUCUUGUGCUAAUUUCUUUCGUUCUUCUGCUACUGCAAUAUUGAUCUUAACGCUUUUGUAUACAAUGGUUAUCAUGUUUUGUAGAAAAUUCAGAUACAAUACCGAAAACAAAAUAGUACCAGAAAACCCAAAAAGUCUUAUAUCAGCUUCUUCUUUGCCUCGUAAUUGGAAACACGAUGUCUUCCCGAACUUCCACGGGACAGAUGUCCGAAAAAAAUUUCUUGCUCACAUCCUAAAAGAGUUCAGAGGAAAAGGGAUCGACCCAUUUGUUGAUAACGAAAUUGAGAGGAGUAAGUCAAUCGGUCCUAAACUCAUAGAAGCUAUCAGAGGAUCGAAGAUCGCCAUAGUCUUACUCUCCAAGAACUAUGCUUCUUCGUCAUGGUGCAUGAACGAGUUGGUGGAGAUCAUGAAGUGCAGGGAAGAGUUAGGUCAAAUAGUGAUGACCAUUUUCUAUGAAGUAGAUCCAACUCAUGUAAAGAAGCAAACCGGAGAUUUUGGAAAGGUCUUUACAAAAACUUGUAAAGGUAAGACAAAGGAGGAGAUUAAGAGAUGGAGAAACGCAUUGGAAGGUGUAGCCACAAUAGCUGGAGAGCAUUCUUGCAACUGGGAUAAUGAAGCGGCCAUGACCGAAAAAAUAGCUACUGAUGUUUCGAACAUGUUGAAUAACUUCACACCAACAAGAGAUUUUGACGGUUUGGUUGGAAUGGAAGCUCAUUUCAAAAAUUUGGGAUCUUUACUACGCCUAGAUUUGGAUGAAGUAAGAAUGGUUGGGAUUUGGGGUCCGUCUGGUAUCGGUAAAACCACCAUCGCCAGAUUUCUAUUUGACCAAGUCUCCAGCAGUUUCAGGCUUAGCACAAUUAUGGUGAAUAUCAGAGGAAGUUAUCCAAGACCGUGUCUCGAUGAGUAUAAUGCACAAUUGCAACUACAGAACCAAAUGUUGUUUCAACUGAUCAAACAGAAAGAUACUAUUUGUCAUUUAGGAGUUGCACAAGAAAGAUUGAAAAACAAGAAAGUGUUACUUGUUCUUGAUGAUGUGGAUCGGUUAGGACAAUUGGUAGCCCUGGCGAAAGAAACUCAAUGGUUUGGUCUCGGCAGUCGGAUUGUCAUCACAACAGAAGAUAUAAGAGUUUUAAAAGCACAUGGAAUCAAACAUAUAUAUCAAGUAAAGUUUCCAUCAACUAGUGAAGCUUUUGAAAUCUUUUGUAUGUCUGCAUUUGGAAAAAAGCACCCGUAUAACGGUUUCUAUGAGCUUGCUUGGGAAGUUACAGAACUUGCUGGUAAACUCCCUUUGGGAUUGAAGGUUCUAGGCUCCACUUUGCGGGGAAUGUCCAAGCAGGAAUGGGAAAAUACACUACCAAGGUUAAGGACUUGUCUUGACGGAGAAAUUGAGACCGUUUUAAAAUUUAGCUAUGACGCUUUAUGUGAUGAAGAAAAAGAUUUGUUUCUUUAUAUUGCCUGCUUUUUCAACUAUGAGAACACUCGGAAAGUGGAAAAACAUCUUGCAAAAAGGUUCUUGGAUGUUAGGCAAGGGCUUCACAUUUUAGCUGAAAAAUCUCUUAUCGAUAUAGGCAUGGGAGUGAUAGAGAUGCAUAACCUACUAGUGCAACUAGGUAGGGAAAUUACUUGUAAGGAAUCUACUAAUAACCCAAAAAAACUUUAUUUUCUUGUUGAUCAAAGCGAGAUUGGUGAAGCACUCAGUGAUGAUACAAUAGAUAGUAGACGUGUUAUGGGGAUAGAUGUUGACCUAUCUACGAUUGAGGAUGAAGUAAAUAUUAGUGAGAAAGCUCUUGAGAGAAUGUCUAAUCUCCAAUUUUUGAGAUUCAGAGGCAGUGAAUAUGGUGUCCAUACCGACAUAUUGUUUUCGUUACAAAAAAUUAGAUAUCUACAGUGGAUCCAUUUUCCGAUGACGUGCUUGCCUUCUACUUUAAAUCCAGAGUUCCUCAUUGAACUUAACAUGCCAGACAGCAAGCUUAAUAAGCUAUGGGAAGGAACUAAGCCAAUAAAAAAUCUCAAGUGGAUGGAUUUGAGUCGUUCGGAAAACUUGAAGGAGCUUCCUAACCUUUCAACUGCCACUAAUCUAGAAGACUUGAUUCUCAAUAACUGUUCAAGUCUUCUAGAGCUUCCUUCUCUUGAAAAACUCAGCAAUCUCAAGUCUUUGCUUCUUAGUGGAUGCUCAAGUCUGUUGGAGCUCCCUCCUUUUCAUGAAAAUGUCACUGAUCUCCAGAUUUUAGAAUUGUCUGGUUGCUCAAGUCUAAUUGAGCUUACUUCCUCUAUCGGGAGUGCCAUAAAUCUCCAAAAGCUGUUUCUAAAAGGUUGCUCAAGUCUAGUGGAUCUUCCUUGUUCCAUCGGGAAUUUCACUAACCUUGAGAAACUAGAUCUUAGCGGUUGUUCAAGUCUAGUGGAACUCCCCUCAUCUAUCGGGAAUUUGAGUUAUCUUGAAGAAUUGGAUCUUAGGAAUUGUUCAAGUCUGGUGAAGCUCACUUCUUCUAUUGGGAAUGCAACCAAUCUCCAGAAACUAAAUCUCUCUAAUUGCUCAAAUCUUAUGGAGAUCCCAUCUACUGGGAAUGCGACUAAUUUGCAGCAGUUGGAUAUCGAUAAUUGCUCUACUCUUGUGAAGCUCCCUUCUUUUAUUAAGAACGCAGCUAAUCUUUGGUUAUUUUCUCUCAGAAAUUGUUCAAGUGUUGUGGAGCUCCCCUCUAUCAAGAAUGCCUCUAAUCUCCACAAAUUGGAACUCAUCAAUUGCUCAAGUCUAGUGCAGCUCCCUCUUAAUAUAGGAGAUAUCACUAAUCUCCGAGAGUUCAAUCUAUAUAACUGUUCAAGUCUGGUGGAGCUCCCUUUUUCUAUUGGAAACCUUCAUCUAUUGCGUAUUUUGAAUGUGGUUGGAUGCUCAAAGCUAGAGGUUAUUCCAUGCAACAUCAACUUGGAAUCUCUUGAUAGACUUGAUCUCACUAACUGCUCGCGGUUGAAAAGUUUUCCUGAGAUAUCCACAAACAUUAAAGAUCUCUAUCUUGUUGGAACUGUAAUAGAAGAAGUGCCUUCAUCAAUCAUGUCCUGGUCUCGUCUAAACUAUUUGAGUAUGUCUUACUUCGAAAACCUCAAGGGAUUGCCACAUGCUCUUGACGUCAUCACCGAGCUACAUAUGACCAAGGAUAUACAAGAACUUUCUUCAUGGGUUAAGGGACUCUCUCGUCUAACUCGGUUUGUAAUAAAUGAUUGCAAAUUGCUGGUAUCACUCCCACAGCUAUCAGACUCCCUAUCACACCUAGAUGCAGAAAAUUGUGACUCCUUGGAGAUACUAGAUUGUUCUUUUAACAAUCAUGAGAUUCGCUUCAACUUCACUAACUGCUUCAAGCUAACUGACGAAGCAAGAAGACUCAUCAUGCACACAUCAACUCGUCAACAUGCGAUCUUACCCGGCCGAGAUGUGCCUGCUGCCUUCUUCAAUUACCGAUCUACCAGAGUUUACCUAACAGUGACGUUAAAUCAGAGGCCUCUUGGUACAUCGUCCUUGAGGUUUAAGGCAUGUAUCGUGCUGAACAAGGGUGAUGUUAAAACUUGUGCUGAUAAGACUUCGAUGUCAGUAUAUAUUUACAUCAAUGGUCUCAGUGUUCCAUGUGGACCAAGUCGCCAUAUUCUACAUCCACUUUUGUCAAAGCAUUUGUACAUAUUCGAAGUUGAAGCAGAAGAGGUAACUUGCAGCUGCACCGAGCUUGUCUUUGAGUUCUUAACAAACAGUGGCAAAUGGGGGAUAGAAGAAUGUGGUGUGCUCCAAAUCUAGGUCAUGUGCAGAAUCUGAAAAUUCAUGGAGUUUCCAAAGGCAGUGUCAUGAGAAUCUGAAAGCUGUGUGUAUCUGCGUAUAGUUCUUGUCUCUUGAAGUUGAGGUUUCUAACAUAUCUUGAGUGUCUUGGUCAACAAUCAAUCCACCCAUAUCUGGACGAAAACAUUUGGGGGAGACUUUUUGUUCUAUGAUAUUUAAUGGUUUGUUAGCAUGUUUUUGGAGAAGAUUCAACCGUGUGUAUACUCGUAGGGGUGUCAAUUGGGCUGGCCGAACCCGGUCCGGUCCGAAAUCCGCAAAACCCGCUUAUAUUUGAG